AUUGCCAGGCGCCUGGGCACCGGCCAUGGCUCGCCUCCGCCUGCUGCUGCUGCUGCUCCUGGGCCGCUGGCUGGCGCUCGGCGGCGCCUUCAAUCUGGACGCGGACGGCCCGGCUGUUUACUCCGGCUCGGCGGGGAGUUACUUCGGCUUCGCUGUGGAUUUCUUCGCGCCAGACUCCUCCUCGAUAUUUCUUCUGGUGGGUGCUCCAAAAGCGAACACUACACAACCUGACAUUGUAGAAGGAGGCCAGGUGCUCAAGUGUAACUGGAAUUCCAACAAAAACUGCCAGCCUGUUAUAUUUGAUUCCACAGGCGACAGAAAUUUUGCACCUAAUGAUCCACUGGAGUUUAAGUCUCACCAGUGGUUUGGAGCAUCUGUGAGGUCUAAAAAUGAUAAAAUUCUGGCCUGUGCCCCCUUGUAUCAUUGGAGAACUGAAGUGAAACAGGAGAGAGAGCCUGUAGGAACUUGUUACCUUCAUGAUGGAUCUAAGGCUGUUGAAUACGCUCCCUGCAGAUCGACAAUUAUUGAUGCUGAUGGACAGGGAUUUUGUCAAGGAGGCUUUAGCAUUGAUUUUACAAAGGGAGACCGGGUACUUCUUGGAGGACCUGGAAGCUUCUACUGGCAAGGUCAACUCAUUUCUGAUCGAGUGGCAGAAAUUGUGUCUAAAUACAAUUCCAAAGUCUACAGUAUAAAGUAUGAUGACCAGUUAGCAACACGGUCCGCUAGUGCUGCUUUUGAUGACAGCUACUUGGGUUAUUCGGUGGCUGUUGGAGAGUUCAGUGGUGAUGGCAUAGAAGACUUUGUAUCUGGGGUUCCAAGAGCAGCAAGAACGCUGGGCAUGGUGUCUAUUUACAAUGGGAAAAAUAUGUCAUCCUUGUACAAUUUUACUGGAGAACAGAUGGCUGCCUAUUUUGGAUAUUCUGUAGCUGCCACUGAUAUUAAUGGAGAUAAUUACACAGAUUUGUUUAUUGGAGCUCCUCUCUUUAUGGAGCGUGGUUCUGAUGGCAAACUUCAAGAGGUGGGUCAGGUCUCCAUAUGCCUACAACAAGCUUCUGGAGGCUUUCAGAUCAUAAAGCUGAAUGGGUUUGAGAUCUUUGCGAGAUUCAGCAGUUCUAUUGCACCUCUGGGGGACCUGGACCAGGAUGGCUUCAAUGAUAUUGCAGUUGCUGCACCCUAUGGUGGAGAGGACAAAAGAGGGGUUGUUUACAUCUACAAUGGAAGAGCGACAGGUUUGAAUGCAGUGCCAUCUCAGAUUCUUGAAGGACAGUGGGCUGCCCGUACCAUGCCACCAAGUUUUGGGUACUCACUGAAAGGAGCCACUGAUGUGGACAAAAAUGGAUAUCCAGAUUUGAUUGUCGGAGCCUUUGGUGUUGACACAGCUGUUUUGUACAGGGCUAGACCAGUUAUCAGUGUAAACGCCGGCUUAGAAGUUAACCCGACCAUUCUAAAUCCUGAGGAAAAAAUCUGUGAACUGCCAGAUACUCGUGUGAAAGUUUCCUGCUUUAAUGUAAAGUUCUGCUUAACAGCUGAUGGCAAAGGAAAGCUCCCCAAUACACUCACCUUUCAAGUGGAGCUGCUGUUGGAUAAGCUUAAGCAAAAAGGAGCCUUAAGGAGAGCUCUGUUUCUCCACAACAAACAGCCUGGUCACUCUAAGAAUAUGACUGUUGUCAAAGGGGGCACAAUGCGUUGUGAAGAACUUCAGGCUUUUUUGAGGGAUGAAUCUGAGUUUAGAGACAAACUUACUCCGAUCACCGUUUUCAUGGAAUAUCGGUUGGAUUACAAAACAGCCAAAGACUCAGCUGGAUUACAGCCCAUUCUCAACCAGUUCACUCCUGCUAACAUUAGCAGACAGACACACAUUCUGCUGGACUGUGGUGAAGAUAAUAUCUGCAAACCAAAAUUGCAGGUUGCAGUACACAGUGAUCAGAAGCAGAUCUAUAUUGGUGAUGACAAUCCUUUGACCUUGAUUGUCGAUGCCCAGAACCAAGGGGAAGGAGCCUAUGAAGCCGAACUCUUUGUUAUCAUUCCACCUCAAGCAGACUUCAUUGGUGUUGUUCGUAACAAUGAGGCUUUAGCACGUCUAUCAUGUGCAUUUAAAACUGAGAAUCAAACUCGCCUGGUGGUCUGUGACCUUGGAAACCCCAUGAAGGCUGGGACUAAACUAUUAGCUGGUCUGCGUUUCAGUGUGAAUCAGCAAUCGGAGAUGGACACCUCCGUGAAGUUUGACUUGCAGAUCAGAAGCUCCAAUCUAUUUGACAAUUUAAGCCCAACAACAUCUUAUCAGGCUGACCUUGCCAUCUUAGCAUCUGUUGAAAUUAGAGGUGUCUCUUCUCCUGAUCACAUCUUCCUCCCCAUUGCAAACUGGCAACCCCAGGAGAAUCCAGAGACAGAAGAAGACAUAGGACCUCUAGUUCAGCACAUAUAUGAGCUGAGAAACAAUGGUCCAAGUGCCUUUAGCAAGGUGAUGCUAAAUCUUCAAUGGCCUUACAAAUACAACAAUAACACCCUGUUGUAUAUUAUGCAAUAUGAAAUUGAUGGACCCAUGAACUGCACUUCAGAUAUGGAGAUCAAUCCAUUGAAAAUUAAGAUUUCAGUUCCUAAAGCAGAUGAGAAGAAUGAAACAAUUAGGGACGAAGAUAAUCGUGAUCACCAUAUAAAUCGAAGAGAUAUAACUGCCAUUGAAGGCGAUGUACAUACUUUGGGCUGUGGAACUGCUGAAUGUUUAAAAAUAGUCUGCCAAGUUGGCCGCUUGGAGAGGGGAAAGAGUGCAAUAUUGUAUGUAAAAUCUCGCCUUUGGACCCAGACCUUUAUGAACAAAGAAAACCAGAAUCAUUCAUACUCGCUCAAGUCAUCAGCCUCAUUCAAUGUUAUAGAGUUCCCUUACAAGAACCUUUCAUUUGAAGAUAUCCACAAUUCUACAGUAGUUACCACAAAUAUCACCUGGGGCAUUCAACCACAGCCCAUGCCAGUGCCAGUCUGGGUUAUAAUUUUGGCUGUCCUAGCAGGAUUAUUGCUCCUGGCUGUUCUAGUCUUUGUAAUGUACAGGAUGGGGUUCUUCAAACGUGUGCGACCUCCUCAGGAAGAACAAGAAAGAGAACAGCUGCAACCCCAUGAAAAUGGCGAAGGGACGUCAGAAGCUUAAAAAGAGUUUUAUCUGUGUAACAUACUGAAACUGUAAAAAUGCCAGCAUCUUGGUUACAAAUUUGGAUUUCCCUCUUAAGGAACAGACACUCCACAACUGCACUACUGCUGAUGUCUUUUGGCAUUGGGAAUAGCCUUAACUACAGAUUAAAAGCAAUAUAUUUAA